AUCAAUGGUUAUCUUAGUACAAAUUAUUAUUAUUAUCUUUUCCUUUGUAUUUGGAGAGUGUGUUCACAAUCACAUUCACCAAUUGAAUGUGACUUGUUCUGAGUAUGAAAGAAAUGCUCUUCUUGACUUCAAAACUGGUCUUAUAGAUCCACUAAACAAGCUUGGAUCAUGGAAUAAUGACAGCAGCAACAAUUGUUGUCAAUGGCGGGGAAUAGGCUGUAACAAGGCAGGAGCAGUUAUUACAGUUGAUCUUCGAAACAGGUAUCAUAAUUCGAACCUUAGUGGGGAAAUAAGGCCUUCAUUGGCAAAACUCGAGUCAUUGAGACACUUAGACUUGAGUAACAACUCCUUCAAGGGGAUCCCAAUUCCUGUUUUCUUUGGAUUCUUUAAGCAUUUGAGGUAUCUAAGUCUAUAUAAUGCAGGGUUUAGUGGUUUAUGUCCUCCAAAUAUAGGAAAUCUCUCUAGAUUAGAGUACCUUGACUUAGAUUCAUCAGGAUUGUAUGUUGAUAAUCUUGAAUGGAUCACAGGUUUAGUCUCUCUAAAGAGUCUUGUGAUGGAUGGAGUUGACCUUUCAAUGGGGGGUUUAGAUUGGUUUGAGAUAAUACUAAACAAGCUCCCAUCCUUGACAGAGUUGCAUAUGUCACAUUGUAACUUGAGUGGUCCUUUUCCAUCUAUUUCUUUUGUUAAUUCAACAACAUCACUUGCUGUUUUAGACCUAAGUUUGAACAACUUCAACUCAAAAAUACCUGAUUGGUUGGCUAAUAUCAGCAGCCUUGUGAGUUUGGAUCUAAGUUUUGCCUCUUUGCAUGGAAAGAUACCACUUGGUUUCGCAGAGCUACCGAAUUUGCAGACCUUUCGUCUGCAGUACAAUAUUAAUCUUGGUGCAAAUUGUUCUCAAUUUUUCGGGGCAAGAUGGAAAAGUAUAAAAUUUGUUGAUUUGAGUGUUAAUAAGCUGCAUGGGAAUCUUCCUACUUCAGUUGGGAACAUGACAUCUCUCACUUACUAUGAUCUUAGCUUCAACAAAGUUGGAGGUGAGAUUCCAGGCUCCAUUGGUAAGCUUUGCAAUCUUAAUCGGUUUUACAUAUCAAGUAACAAAUUGAAUGGAACUUUACCUGAAUUCCUUGAAAGAACACAUGAUAAUUGUCAUUCUAAGAGUCCACUUCCUAGUCUAGAAUACUUGUAUUUGAACAAUAAUGAAUUGAUUGGCAUAUUACCACAAUGGUUGGGUCAACUUAGGAAUCUUAGUGAGCUUGAUUUGAGCUAUAACUUGCUACAUGGUCCAAUUCCAAAAUCUUUGGAGUCAAUGCAAAACCUUUCAUAUUUAACUCUAGCUGGAAAUAGAUUAAACGGGUCUCUCCCUGACAUUUUAGGCCAGCUAUCUGAGUUGUCUUUCCUUGAUGUUUCUUCCAACCAACUGACUGGUAAUAUCACUGAAACACACUUUCUAAAGUUGCACAAGUUAAAAUACAUUUCUCUCUCUUCCAACUCUUUUACAGUAACUGUGAGUUCAAAUUGGACCCCUUCUUUCAACCUAAAUACUCUUCUCUUGGGUUCAUGCCACUUAGGUCCUUCAUUCCCAACUUGGCUAAGAUCACAAAAUAAGGUCCAGUCCUUGGAUUUGUCAAAUGCUGGCAUUUCAGGUUCCAUACCUUAUUGGUUUUGGGAAAGUUUCUCUAAUCUUAUGUCGUUAAAUGUUUCCUUCAAUCAAUUGAAAGGCCAGCUACCUAACACAUUCAACAUAGUUCCAUUUUUAGAUAUUGAUUUGAGCUCAAACCAGUUUGAAGGGCCCAUUCCUAUUCCAAAUGUUGAGAUAAAUUUACUUGAUCUAUCCAACAAUAAAUUUUCUGGUCCUAUUCCAGAAAACAUAGGAGAUUCCCUACAUAACAUGAUAUUCUUCUCUCUUUCUACCAACCAGAUAGAUGGACAAAUCCCGAAUUCAAUUGGCAACUUCCAAUCUUCCAUGAGUGUCCUUGAUCUCUCAAAUAAUAAGUUAAUAGGAAAAAUUCCCCUAAGCUUUGGAAAUUUGUCAAACCUAGUUGCAUUGGACCUCAGAAAGAAUAAUUUGUCUGGUACAAUUCCUGACUCUUUGGGUCAACUAAGUUCUCUCCAAACAUUGCACUUAAGUGACAACAAGCUUUCUGGAAGCAUCCCAUCAUGUUUUCGAAAAUUGUCAAGUUUGGAGACACUUGAUCUUGGUAACAACAGAUUAGCGGGAAACAUACCACAUUGGCUUGGGAAAAGGUUGAAGAAUUUAAGGAUUCUAAAAUUAAGAUCCAAUGCUUUUCAUGGAGAGCUUCCAUCCUUGCUAUCAAAUUUAAGCUCAUUACAAGUGCUAGACUUGGCUGAUAAUGGGCUCAAUGGGAGCAUUCCUACAAGCUAUGGAUAUUUCAAAGGCAUGAUUCACGUUCAAUUGGAUAACUUUCAUCUAUCCUAUGGCCCUACUUACAAGAGCAAGUAUUAUGAAGAAAGCAUGGUUUUGAAUGUAAAAGGCCAAGAACUAAAGUACACAAGGAUUCUUUCUCUUGUUGUUAGCUUAGACCUUUCUGCCAAUAAUUUGAGUGGAGAACUUCCUUCAAGUUUGACAACAAAUUUGUUGGGUUUGGUGAAUCUGAAUUUGUCUAACAAUCACAUCCACGGUUCCAUUCCAGAGGAUAUUUCAAAGUUGGAGCAGUUGCUAUCUCUUGAUCUUUCAAGCAAUAGGCUCUCGGGUACUAUUCCUAAUAGCUUGUCAUCACUUUCAUUCUUGGGACAUCUCAACUUGUCAAACAAUGACUUGUCUGGUAAGAUUCCUUACAAUGGCCACAUGACAACCUUUGAGGCUUCCUCUUUUGCUAGUAAUCAAGCCCUUUGUGGCGAGCCCCUCGAUGUAAAAUGUCCAAGCGGUAAUCCAGUCAAUAAUGAAGAUCUUAUGGAUCAUAAUGAUGAUGACAAUUUCAUCGAUCAAUGGUUUUUCGUGAGUGUUGGAUUGGGAUUUGCAGCAGGAAUUCUAGUUCCUUUCUUCAUGAUGGCAAUGAAAAUUUCUUGGAGGGAAACUUAUUUCGGCUUUGUAGAGAUUGUGGUAGAAAGAAUUCCAUUCUUUGAGCGAAGAAUGAGAGCAAGACGAAAAUGGCCUAAGGGACUUCAUCAUUGAGAAUGAUACAUUCAUGUUGCACCUAUUUUAAUUCCAGCAAGUUUGUGUGUUGUGUAACAUAUCAUUGUAUUUCUUUUUUCUUCUUUGUUCUAGUUCAAAGUUUUUGUGUGUGGUGUGUAUUUAGUAGUGGUGAUACUGAACCUGUAAGAAGUGAUCACAUUUACACACUUUUCAUUUAGUUGGAAAAACUUUCAAAGAGGA